GGACGUGAAGUUGUCGCGUCAGUUUUGCCACACGGCGUCCAAUUGCGGUUGGGGAUUUUUUUGCUGAAAGGCAAUCAUGUUCGACUCGAAGAUUAAGGUGCCCAAGUAUGACUCGGAGGCGUUCGACAAUGUCGAGUACGAGCUGCAGAUGACCUACACCCUGGAGACAGAUCGUCGCAUCAUGAGCUUCUAUGAUGCCAUGUGGGGCAUGGAGGUAACUGGCGGCAUCGAUCAGUUUGAGCCCCUCACCAUUGUGAAUGUCUCGCCAACGGGUCUGGCCAAGCGCGGUGGCAUGCGGAUCGGUGAUGAGAUUACCCAGAUCAACGAUGUGCCCGCCUUGGAGAUGACCUUCAAUGAGGCAUUGCAGCUUUUUCGCAAAUCAUCGCGUUAUGUGCGUGUCUAUGUGCGUGGUGAUGAUGAUGUGCCCGGUGAGGAGGAUUGGACGUGUGACUGCUGGUUCAGGCCCAGGAAGCCAUGGAAGCGCGACUUUACGCCCAUUCAGUGGACCUUCCCGUGGAACGAUCGACGUAAGCCGGUCUACAAGGAGUCCAACUGUUUCAUGGUGCCCAGCAAAAUGGAGGAGAAGAUCAGGGCACGACGUGCGGCCACUUCAGCGGUACACAAGAAGGAGGAUGCAGCGCCCCACACGCGCUCCCUGACUCCUACGCCCAGGCCCAAGAAUCAACCCGGACCCAAUCUACUCGAGAGUGUGCUCCGACCACGUGGACCACCGCCCAGGGAUUAGGAAUCGCUAAAUGAUCCAGCCAAAGUUGGACGAAUCUACCAGACAGCAGGCAGUGCUGAAACCGCUGCAGUGCGUCAGAAUCUUCAUGACAAGAUAAUUAAUUGUCGCCUGGCAGACAAUUAUAUUUCCAAUUCACAGAUCAGUUGAAGUGACAUUUGAAAAGCACACAUUGUCAUUAUCUAAUUUGAUAAAGAUAAUAGCAUAAAUAAAUGGCGUUGAUCCGUAUUAAAGAAAUUA